UUCCACUGCAGAAAAGGAUGGAUGGAUAAAUGAGAAGGUUGGUGGCGUAGCAGUCAAUGCCCCCUGAUAGAUUGGAUUAGAUUUGAGUGCCUUUUGUUUUGCGAUGGAAUGUAUUGAAGCACAUUCGUUUGUCAUUUCCACACACUUUGAUUUUCACCUCACGCCGCGUGGACAUUGAUUCGAGCCUCAACCUGCCAUGGACCAAGCAGGUCACAUGUGGUCCCCGGCGCCGGCGCCGCAGCCGUUAUCGUCAACGCCUUCACUCCGGAACGUCCGACUGCGGUUUCUCUUGGGCCCGACCAACACAGAUAUCCUGCGAUGUGCCGACAAUGUCAUGCAAGAAUACCCCGUUAUUAUCCACCAAGUUGACUAUCGCUUCGAUGUCUAUGGCCGAGCUAAGGAUGUAGUCGAUGCAAUUGUGGAUAGCUUUCUUAUCACAGACCAAGCAGAGCCCAUGCGCCCACAAGGCGCAACAGAAUCGUCCGACUCUUCAGGCGUGAGCGCGGCGACUUUUUCGCCAUCAGGAGGGUCCAGUGAUUCGACUAGCACAAUACAGGAUGCACCUCAAGGCGCAACUGAUCUAUACACUGCCCAACACGCCAUUCCUGAUGAUAUCGACAGGCAGCUCGGCUCAGAUUCAGAGGCGAUGGACAUGGAGCAGCAAGGCGUGAAGGCGUUGGCGUUUUACGAGAAGCAGGCUGUGAUCAAUAGGAGAAGUAACCAGAGUCAGAAAGAUAUAGACCCCGCUGCAUGGAAGACGGAUUACCAUCUGGAAAAGGAGCGACAGGCGCGAUUGACUCCACAACCUCACGGAGACAAGCGCAAGCCGCUGAUCAUCAUAUUGAGCCUGCACGAAAGAAUUGCACACUCUUUGCUUCAUUUAUCUGGUGGUCUCAUGUCCUAUCUUGUUGAGCAUCAAGACCUAGAGUCGUGCGCACGUCAGGGCAUGACGCUGGAAUAUAUCAAGGAAGUGAGUCAGAGCGCAGGCAUGUCGGUGGGCAUUUCUCCGGACUGUUUGCCUCGGUCGAACGAUAUUCUGGUAUGGAUCGAGAUCAGGAGUAAAGAUGCUUUUCGGGCCGUAUUGGAAGGAGUGGCAUGGGCGCUUUCAUCGGAGCCGAUUUAUACAAAGGAGAGGAAUAUGUUGGGCAAGGACGAAUUAGAGCUGCAUCAGACAUGGGAUGCACAGCUUCGGCAGUACAAAGGGCCAGCCAGGAAUAGGGAGGAUGACGAUGGAUGGGUCACCACUCAGGACAAGGGCAAGCAGAAGUCCGACGACGAAAACGGAUGGGGGGAUGACUGGCCACGGAUGUCUUGGACCAAUCUCGAAAGUCCCGUGGCACAGACCAACAGCCCCACGCGUUCGGGCCAUGAGGACACCGAGAACUGGAUAACCUGGGAUUCGCACCUCGCUUCUCAUUCUAUGUCGUUUGGUCAGGGUGACGCAUCCCCGGAUAUCGAAUUGUUGACCAAAGUUAGAGCUCGUCAGCAUGGUCAACGUGCGAACAACAGUAUUAGGCACGGAGGCAGGAGGAAGCCAUUCGAAUUGCAUCCCCCGCUCGAUUUUGCAGACAAUACCUCUCCGAGUAUCCAGAACUUUUUUGCUGAUGAGACCGAGGUAUAUGAAGAACCUCAAACACGGCAUCAGGAUAGACGAAGUAGCGACAGGAGUGCCGUUCCAAGCUUACGAUCACCGCCAAACAACCGUGCUUCUGGGAGGAAUCAUUCGAACACGUGGGCUCAUGGAAGAGCAGGCACGCAACUGGAUCAAAGCCCGGGAUCCUCCUUGGCGUCGUGGCAUGAGUUCUCCAGGAUGACGGCGAGCUUGAGCUCGAGAUCCAGGUCGAUUUCACCCAUGCGGGCGGUCUCGUCGCGUUCGGACACUCCGAAUAUAUGGAAGCAACGGGACAAUGAAGUGGAAACGAAAGCGGAGCAGGUGAGGAUAGCAGGAGAAUGGGUGUCGCCUGAGAAGCAUCCUUGGUUCCUGGAAUGGCAGAAGGAGCCGCUUGCGUCCGUGAGGAAUGAGAAAGGAGACCAUUCCUGGAGCAAGAACAAAUCGAUGCGGCCCCGGAACCUGCAUCUGCACUGAAGGCGAUCGUUAUGUGCUGGCCUUUUUUUAUUUCUUUUUUUCCUCCUGCGUCCUGUACCAUACUUCUUUGUAUCAUUAGAUCAGUAAUUCGCCAUUUGCUUCAGAACGC